AUGACUGAUUUUGCUCCUAUUAAUACCUCUGCUCCAGAGAUGGAUUCUCCUGUUCCCUCUGCUAUUGCUCCCCCUAUUCGUGAUACUUACAAGGAAAAUGCCUUUGAUACCCCUCCUCCUUCUACCAAGCCUACUGCUCCUCUUGCUGCUGCAACCACUCCCAUCCCAACUGCUGCUGCUGCCACUGCUGCUCCUACUGCUGCCAAAACCCAGGCACCCAGUCAAGCUAAGUCCAACUUCAAAUAUACCUCUCCUGCUGUUAACUUCGAGGAUGAUGCUCCCACUUAUUUAAAGACCAAGGUAGAAUCACUCAUUUACUGGGAAUAUCCCAAGAAGAGUGCUACAGUACUUGUGGGAUCACUCAGUAUCCUCGUGUUGACACAAUAUUAUUCUCUUUUGCAAAUCAUUGCUGGUGUAUUCACGCUUGUGACUGGUAUGAAUUGGGUCUUUGUCAACACACACAAGCAAGGACAACGAUUCAUUGGAGGUAAAUCAGUGGAGAACAUAUCUAACCCACACAGUGCUCGUCUUCAAGCCAAGGGUACCUAUAUCCCCCGUGAUCGCGUUUUACGUACAGCUCAAUUAACUGUUGACGUGGUUGAGGUGAUCACCCAACAAAUCACAAAAUUGGUCUUGAUUGAAGAUAAUUGGAAAUCAGCCAUUUCAUUAGUAGUUUCUUAUUUGGUCUGGACUCUUGCCAAGUUUGUCCCCACCAAGUACUUGGCUGCUAUCUUUGUUCUCUCCUCAUUCUCCGUACCUCGUUUAUACCUUCAACAUAAGGAAUUGGUGGAUGGUCAAGUAGCUAUUCAGUCCAAGAAGGCAUGUGCUUUAGCUGAACAAUAUGGCGGUGUUGCUGGUGGUAAGGUCAAGGAACUCACAGAACAAGCUAGAUCUUUUAUCAAGAGUAAGACUUCCGGUGCUGCUGCCACCGCUUCUUCUGCUGCUCCUGCUGCUUCUAUUCCCACUCCUCAAAAGACAGAGUAA